UCAGGGUGAAAGUUGCUUUGUCAGUUUUGAUUUGGCAUUUGGUCAUUUUAAGUUAAGCACUCUAUGUUCAAGUUAACUUCGUAGAGGGAAAGUGACCGCAAGUAUGUCAGUUUCGAUGUGAUGCGCCAAUGAGAGUAUUUAAAUGGAAAAUUUGAACGUCAAGAUCAUUUUGCAUUUUCUCACCAGCCUCAUCACAGUACAUCACUGUUCCAAAGUCCGAACUCAACAAUGCAUGGUGUUCACUGCACCUUGAGCCUGUAACGCGUAUGCACUCUCUCCAUUUCAAGUCAACCGGCAAUCAAACUUGACGUCAGUACUCAUCUCAGGCCGUCCAGUUCACCAGAGCCAUCAGAUCUCGAUGCAAAAUUGGCCGCACGUAUUAUGGACAGCCCUUGCUGUUGCCUACUCUUAACACAUGAUCGGGUGACAACUUUGCUUCACAUUGGCUGUCUAUAAAUUGACUUAAAAGGACAAAUAGUUCUUGUACAGACUCCAAUUCUUUUUCCUAUUGAAUUGGAAGCAGUGAAAUACACAGAACACUGGCUACAAAAGUCUUUGGUGAGAAACUUUCUGAAACUGUACUGUGAAACAACAACUUCUAUUUUAGAUGUUACUUCAUGUACUUGUACAAAGUUUAGUUUUCGGUGUACUUUUUGAGAGGCAAACCCCUUGCUGCUGAACAAACCUGCAGGUAUCCGCACCAGUCAAAGUUGUCUUGCUUGAUUUUGUCGUCAUCUGCGAACCAGUCUUUCGUUCAUCUCUUCAUUCAGCCAGCAAAUUUCUGCUGUGUUUCUCCACCCCACGUUAUCUGUAAAAGACACUGAACCAUCACAUCUACUGUUACAGACACUGCAAAAAGCUAUACACCAGCAGGAAGACUCUGUGUCCAUCAUGUGGUUGUACCAUGAAAAUGUCACUGUCUAUGCCCAAGCUACAACAUCCCUUGCUCAACUGGACAUUCUGGUCUGUACCUUCUUCACCUGUGUCUUCCAGAACCACAGUGACAACUGCUCCCUGGCCUAUUCCAUACCCCAGAUGGAUCAUCUACUGAUCUGGGAUGAAACGGGACCAUCUCCCUGGGCACCGAUGAACGAAUCCUUUGAUGUACCAAGCAAUGAAAGAUACAAACUGUUCAACCACUCGUUGCGAAUCUUUGCUUUUAAGAAUCCGGUAGAGGCUGACAAGUAUGUGUAUUCCAACACAGAGACUGUAUUGUAUGGAUUUGUCCUCCCUGUCCUCAAACUAUUAGGGAUCCUGUCCAUUCUGUCUUUUUUCUUUACCCUUUGCAGAGUUGCCUCCAUGCGGAAUAUCACCAAUUUCUAUCUGACUAAUUUGGCAGUUGCAGAUUUGAUGGUCUUGAUUUCAGCGGCCACCCAUGAGCAAUGUGUGACUUUGACAACACACACUGUAUUGGAUAUAUCAUAUUUGGGGAACUCAGCUCAAGCAGUUCUUACUCUCUUAGUGUACACAGGCAAUGUGGGUAUUGCUUCGUCUAUAGCCUUUGUAACACUGCUGUCUUAUGAUAGAUAUUUUGCCAUUUGUUACCCUUUCCAACACCGUAAUCUCAAUCUGAAGCGACGGGCAAUACGAGCAGCAGUUUGCAUAUGGUUUCUGUCUUUUUCCAUGAAUUUGACCGGUUUCUUUUAUCAGUUUCUGGUCUUGAAUGUACCACCAUUCAAAUGUGUUGUUUGGCCAACUGAAGAAAAGUAUGAACAUCUAUCAAGUAAUGUGCAGGUGUUUGUGAAUAAUGAUGCAACUUUUCUUACUAUGAAUCUGGUUGUAAAUUAUGUGUUUUUCUGUGUAUUCAUGUUGAGUUUGAUCCUCACAGUCACUUUCAAUAUGCUCCUUAUUAAGGGACUGCAUGCACCAAAUCCAACUGGUGAUCAGAUCCGAGGUCCGUCAAAACAUCUACGAAGAGUUACUCUGAUACUUGGCAUCAACACAGCCGUGGUAUUUGUCUGUUUGCUCCCUCAAGCUAUAGUUUCCCUAAUUGUAAUUUUAUCGCAAAGCAGGAAAGAAGUGAAUGUAAAUGAUGAUGUGAUGGAGUUGAAUCUGAUGGCUGCUUGUGCCAGAGUCAUGAACUCUUCCAUUAAUUCAGUCAUAUUCAAUGCUGGUAGUGGAAGGUACAGGAAGGCCUUUAAGCAAGCCUUCUGCUGCAGAAAAGGGCAGCAAGUACCAACAAACAAUAUCCCUCUGCAGACAUUACCAAGAACAGAUCCUGCUGAUCAGAUCAGAUCAUAGGAUCCAAAAGCAAAACUCCACCCCCCCC